AUUAGCGCAUCGUAACGUCUUCCAUUUAAAGCAAAGAAGCAAUUUCUUGAUUGUGUUGCCCGAGGAAUCAGGGAUUUUAGGUUUUCCUGAGAAAAAGGCAACAUGGACAAGCGAAUCUUUCUUUUGCUUAUUGUGCUGGUCGCCUUCUCUGUUGAAGCUAAAAAGAAAAUCCUCAAAAAGAAGCUAAAUCAGCUUAAAGGUGCAAAGAAAUGCGGAUACGGAUGCCCAUCAACCUGUCCUUGUCAGCCAACCUGCUGCCCACCACCUCCACCACCCCCACCUCCACCUCCAGUAUGCUGUCCCCCUCCACCUCCACCACCACCAAUAGCAACAAGUAGUCAGGCAGGGCUUAUCCACCAUCACUUCCACCCAGGACCACCUCCCCCUCCUCCUCCCCCUCCAGCUCCAUGCCCACCACCAUGUCACUUUGGACACACCGUGCACCACCACGUAUACCACGCCAGCCCACCAGGCCCCCCUCCAGCACCCAUGCCCUCUCCUCCACCCUUCUCCACUGAAUCACACGCUCAUGUCUUUGUCCACCACUCACAUCCUGGACCUCCACCACCUCCACCACCUCCACCCGCUCCGUGCCCACCCCCAUGCCACAGUGUUCAGACAGUCCACGUUCAACAACACCACUUCCCACCACCACCAUGCCCUCCACCCUGCCCUCCCCCAUGUCCGCCACCGUGCCCACCCCCAUGCCCACCACCCUGCCCUCCUCCUCCUCCACCCUGCCCACCCCCAUGUCCUCCAACUUGCACUCCACCAUGCAGUGCCUGCUGCAAGAAGGGAAAAGUCGACAAGAAGGGCAAGAAGAACGAUGAAGAAAAGAAGGACAAAGAGUAGACAAGAAGACUGAAGGAUGGCUGCUUAUUCAACGCUGCAAGGACUUUGUUUUAAGAUGAAUUGCGGAUAAGCACCCAGCGUUUGGGUUUUUAAACGUUGGGGCAGUGUAACUGUGUUGAAAACAUGUUUUUAAGCUAUAGUUAGUGGACUAACUGGCGUCAAUCUCAAAAGAGUUCGAAUUCAGGAUGAAUGUCUUUGUAAAUAAGGAUUACUCCAGUGUGAUGAAAUGGAACUUGACUAUAUGUCUUAGUUGAAUUCGAGUUCUUGGGAUCGUUUUGUUGUCAGAGCGGCUGUGAGAAAACAGCUUAGUCUUAUAUACAACUGAUGUUAUGUUGUCAAUUAAAUUAUGUUGAAACAAAAGA